GUUGAAACUAGUUGCUUCCAACGAAAGUAGGCUAGAAUGUUAGGUAAUUAAGUCGAAAAAAAAAAAGAAAGAAGAAGACGAACUGACUGUAAGAGUGAAACCCACCGACAGCUGGAUCGCAGACAUGCAUCACUUACGAUGCCGUGAAUCGAGCGUAUAUUGAAGCGAGAAAACGCAUCAAUGUGGCGCAACCCAAGAACAAAAUGUGGAGACCAGAGGAUUUAGCCACAGUUGGAGAACUUUUAUUGGAUAUCAGUGCAAAUCUUGUACAAACAUAUGGCCUAACUUUCGAAGAAAUCGAAAAAAGUCUACCCUUAAUUGAUACUUCGAAAACCUUAAUUCGCGAAGUAUGCCCUGCUUUUUUGAGUAAUGUGGAAUGUCGUGCUGGUAAAUAUAGAAGAAACGAUGGCUUGUGCACAAAUUUACAAAAUCCAACAUGGGGUGCCACAUUAGCGCCCUUCCAAAGAGUGCUGAGUCCACGAUUCGCGGACGGUUUAACGGCGCCUAGAAUAUCGGUAACCAGUCAUGAUUUACCAUUAUCACGCAUAGUGUCACGCACUAUGCAUCCUGACGAGGGUUAUCACGAUCAUGCUGGCACAGUCAUGGUCAUCGCCUGGGGACAGUUUAUGGAUCACGACUAUACGCUAACUGGAACGCCUCUAGAUCCUCUGAACCGAAACGACCCGGAGGAAUGUUGCCAUCGGCCACCGCACCUGAAGAAUCCUUAUUGCAACGAGAUUCUUAUACCGGAAGACGAUUAUUUCUACAGACUAUUCAACGUGAAAUGCAUGGACUUCGUUCGCGCCUUUCCUGCUGUUCGACCUGGAUGCCGACUCGGCUCCCGUGUGCCUUUCAAUCUUCUUACCGGUGUGCUCGAUGGGAACACAGUAUAUGGAAUCACGGAAUCAUUCGCUAGGAAGCUACGAGCUGGUUAUGGAGGAUUGUUACGCAUGAAUCCAGUGUUCUCAGAAUACGGACUGAAGGAUUUAUUACCGCUCAAGCUGGAUAUUCCAGACGAGGGAUGUACUCGGCCGAAUCGAUCGAUGUACUGUUUCGAGGCGGGUGAGAUAAGAGUGAACGAACAGCUAGUAUUAACCUGCAUGCACACUUUAAUGGCACGUGAGCAUAAUCGAAUUGCAAAGACGUUAAUUCAAAUAAAUCCUCAUUGGGACGAUGAAACGCUGUAUCAAGAAGCAAGAAGAAUCGUUAUUGCUGAAAUUCAACAUAUCACUUAUAAUGAAUUUCUACCCAUUUUACUUGGCAAAGAUGUCAUGGAAAAAUUUGGACUUCUCCUUGAAAAAAAUAGCUAUUGGGAUGGUUACGACGAAAGCGUGAAUCCAUCUGUGAUUGAUGCUUUUGCCUCUGCAGCCUUCAGAUUCGGACACUCAUUAUUGCCAACGGCAGUAGAAAGGUGGAGUAAAGCUCAUAAAUUUAUUGCUUCGAAGAGACUAUCAGAUUUGAUUAGAAGACCAUUUGAUUUAUAUCGUGCUGGAGUUUUCGACGAAUAUAUUAUGGGAUUGAUGAAUCAAGUUGCUCAAGCUAUGGACGAUUCUAUUACGCAAGAAGUGACAAAUCAUUUAUUUAAAAAAGUUGGAGCUAAGUUUGGAUUGGAUCUGGUUUCAUUUAAUAUGCAACGAGGACGUGAAUUUGGUAUUCCAAGUUAUAUGGAAUUCAGAAAAUUCUGUGGACUUCCUUGGGUAGACACUUUUGACGAGUUACACGGUUCUAUGCCAAAUGAGACAAUCAGACGCUAUAGCUCGAUUUUUGAGCAUCCAGCUGACGUCGAUCUCUGGUCCGGUGGUGUAUCUGAGAGACCACUUCCGGGUAGCAUGCUCGGGCCAACCUUCGCCUGUAUAAUCGCCACGCAAUUCAGUUAUUCCCGUCGAGGCGACCGAUUUUGGUAUGAGUUGCCGAACCAGCCAUCGUCCUUCACUCUCGAUCAAUUGAAUGAGAUCCGAAAAAUAAAACUCGCUAGAGUGAUCUGCGACAACACGGAUUUGAUCGACACUAUACAGAUUUAUCCCAUGGUAUUACCCGAUCAUGAAAUAAACCCACGAGUACCCUGUCGAAGCGGCGUCCUGCCUAGUAUGGAUCUAACCAAGUGGGCAGAAUUCCCAACCGCGAAUCAUGCUCAAUACACGUAAAAAUUUAGCGAAUCUAUCGCCUAGACCAGAAAACCAUCACCAAUGUAGUGAACAACAGUUACGAGCCAAGAAGCACGACUCUUAGGCACUCCUUUUACUCUGAGACACAUUACGGUAUUGUAGCGUAGGAAAUUAUAGAUAAACCUGCAUGUUCCAUUUCGAAUCAGCUUUAGGGACAUAGAUGCAGACAAAUGCAACACAGAUGCAAUUAUAGACAUCCGAAUAGACAACAUUCUAGCGACUUUAAUUAAAUGAAUAUUCCUAGAGAUUAAUUUAUUUUAUCAAACUAGAAUUAUAAUCUAUAUUCGAAACUAUAAAUUAUGAUGUCGACGUAGUCUCUCUUUUAUGUGUCUUUUUUUAUACAUUUUUUUUAUAAUUUUAUAUAUGUAUAAAGAUUAAUUUUAAGAAAUUCACGACGUUUACGAAUAUAAACGCCAUAAUCUAAUUGCUUUCAUAUUAUGAUUUAACCAGGAUUUUUGUAACAUAUCUUUAAAUAAGAAUGGCGUAAUGCAUGCACAAUCAUGACACUUUGUGCAUUA